GCUGUCGGCCCCAGGCGGGGCUCGAGGGCGCCAGUCCGCCCGCCCCUGGCGCGCGCUGCAGUCCUCCGGCUGCGCUGCGGCUCGGCGGCGGGGGCUGCUUCCAGAUCGGCGCGACCGCGGCCCGAGGACUCCUUGCGAGGUGACCAUGGAGGCUGGAGGCCUGCCCCUGGAGCUGUGGCGCAUGAUCUUAGCCUACUUGCACCUUCCUGAUCUGGGCCGCUGCAGCCUGGUGUGCAGGGCCUGGUAUGAACUGAUCCUCAGUCUUGACAGUACUCGCUGGCGGCAGCUGUGCCUAGGCUGUACAGAGUGCCGCCAUCCCAACUGGCCCAACCAGCCUGACGUGGAGCCCGAGUCUUGGCGGGAGGCCUUCAAGCAGCAUUACCUUGCCUCCAAGACAUGGACCAAGAACGCCCUGGACUUGGAGUCCUCUGUCUGCUUUUCUCUAUUCCGCAGGAGGAGGGAACGACGUACCCUAAGUGUCGGGCCAGGCCAUGAGUUUGACAGUCUGGGCAGCGCCUUGGCCAUGGCCAGCCUGUAUGACCGAAUUGUGCUGUUUCCAGGUGUGUACGAAGAGCAAGGUGAAAUCAUCCUGAAGGUGCCUGUGGAGAUUGUAGGCCAUGGCAAGUUGGGUGAGGUGGCCCUGCUAGCCAGCAUUGAUCAGCACUGCUCAACCACACGCCUGUGCAACCUCAUCUUCAUGCCAGCUUGGUUCUCACCCAUCAUGUAUAAGACCACAUCAGGUCAUGUCCAGUUUGACAACUGCAACUUUGAGAAUGGGCACAUUCAGGUUCAUGGCCCAGGCACCUGCCAAGUGAAGUUUUGCACCUUCAAAAACACCCAUGUCUUCCUGCACAACGUGCCCCUGUGUGUUCUGGAAAACUGUGAAUUUGUGGGCAGCGAAAACAACUCUGUGACGGUUGAAGGUCACCCAUCAGCAGAUAAGAACUGGGCCUACAAGUAUUUACUGGGGCUUAUCAAGUCCUCUCCCAGCUUGCUCCCCACAGAGGAUUCUGACUUUUUAAUGUCCCUGGAUCUAGAGAGCCGGGACCAGGCCUGGAGCCCAAGGACCUGUGACAUUGUCAUCGAAGGCAGCCAGAGCCCGACCAGCCCAGCCUCUAGCUCCCCAAAGCCAGAUUCCAAGGCUGGCUCCCAGGAGGCAGAGGUGGGCAGCGAUGGGGAAAGGGUGGCCCAGACGCCAGACAGCAGCGAUGGAGGCCUGAGUCCCAGCGGUGAGGAUGAGGAUGAGGACCAGCUCACUUACAGACUCUCCUACCAAGUGCAAGGCCCGCGCCCCGUUCUGGGCGGCUCCUUUCUGGGCCCACCACUGCCAGGAGCAUCCAUUCAGCUGCCUAGCUGCCUGGUGCUGCACUCACUGCAGCAGGAGCUGCAGAAGGACAAGGAGGCCAUGGCCCUGGCCAGCUCCGUGCAGGGCUGCCUCAUCCGCAAGUGCCUGUUCCGGGACGGGAAGGGAGGUGUCUUUGUCUGCUCCUACGGCCGAGCCAAAAUGGAAGGAAACAUCUUCCGGAACUUGACUUACGCAGUGCGGUGUAUACAUAAUAGCAAGAUCGUCAUGCUCAGGAACGACAUUUACCGCUGCCGAGCUUCAGGCAUCUUUCUUCGCCUGGAAGGCGGAGGCCUGAUCGCGGGCAACAACAUCUACCACAACGCAGAGGCUGGCGUGGACAUUCGGAAGAAGUCCAACCCGCUCAUCCUGUGUAACCAGAUCCACCACGGCCUUCGCUCCGGCAUUGUUGUCCUUGGCAAUGGGAAAGGCGUCAUCAGGAACAACCAAAUCUUUUCAAAUAAGGAAGCUGGCAUUUAUAUCCUGUAUCACGGAAACCCAAUCGUGAGCGGGAACCACAUCUUCAAGGGCCGUGCAGCUGGCAUAGCGGUGAACGAGAAUGGCAAAGGCCUCAUCACAGAAAAUGUCAUCCGUGAGAAUCAGUGGGGAGGUGUGGACAUCCGCCGCGGAGGGAUCCCUGUCCUCAGGAGUAACCUCAUCUGCUUUGGCUACUCAGAUGGUGUGGUCGUAGGCGACGAAGGCAAAGGACUAAUAGAAGGAAAUACUAUCUAUGCUAACAAGGGCUGUGGUGUGUGGAUGAUGUCAUCCAGCCUGCCCCACGUCACCAGCAACCAUGUGAGCUAUAAUGGCCUAUAUGGAGUGGCAGUUUUUAGCCAGAAGGAUGGCUCCAGUGAGUUCCCUGGAGGCCAUGGGGCCCAAGAGAACUUCAGCGAGGACGGGGAUGCCAUCCUCUGGGAGACAGAGCUGGAGAAGGAGGACGAUCCACUGCGGCGGCCCCUCACCAUAGCCCUUGUGGAGUCCAACAGUAUUAAUCACAACGGAGCUUCAGGACUCUAUGUCCAGAGCAGCGAGGCUCUGCAAGUCAUCACCAAUGUGAUCCACGCCAAUGGGGACAGAGGUAUCACUGUGGCCCAGAGUGGCCAACUCACCCGUGUGGCCAACAACAGCAUUUCCUGUAACCGCCAGAGUGGGGUCAAGGUGGAGGCCCAGUGCAAGGUGGAACUUCGGGGCAAUGGUAUAUAUGACAACAGAGGCCAUGGCAUCAUCACUAAGGGCGACAGCACUGUCGUCGUCGAAAAUGACAUCAUUGGCAACCGGGGCAGUGGUCUGCAGUUGCUCCCCAGGUCUGACACUAAGGUACUAAAGAACCGGAUCCACUCAUUCCGAGCCUAUGGCAUCGCAGUGCGGGGCCGCGCCAAGGCCCUAGUACAGGAGAACAUCAUCUUCCAGGGCAAGAGCAACAAGACCAUCUUUCAGCAGAUCUCAAAUAACCGAGAAUGCAUAAUGCAAAACAACAAGUUCCUGGUCUUAAAGAAAAAGUCUGACACAUGGCGCCUGGUGAACCCACCAGCACGGCCUCAUCUGGAAAACUCUCUCAGGGGCCCCUCUGCAGCCCAUAGUGGGCAGAAAGUGACAGCCAUGGCAACCAGGAUCACAGCCCGUGUGGAAGGGGGCUACCACAGCAACCGCAGCAUCUUCUGCACCAUCCUGUAAGCACAGACAUCUGCCUCAGGCUCAGGCCCUUACAGGCGCUCAGAAGAGCUGGGGCAAAGGUCCUGGGCUGGAAGCAGUGCCUGAGAACACUCCACCCUUCCCUCCUCUUUCCCAUCAUUCCCUGGAAAACCACAACCCAAUCCUUCUGGGGACUAAGAACAAGGUACCUCCAGACCCCUUCAGCUCCACAGGCCUCAGAAGGAAGGAACUUGAAAAUGCUUUUCAAGAAGGAACAGAAAUGGAGGGUUUUCAGUCACCCAGCACUUGUGGAGAUUAUGUAGAGUUGGGGACACUCAUACAGUUCAUGAAGCUUUCGAGUCAGGAUUCCUCUGAGUUAUAGGGAACCUUGUUUUACACACACCAAAUCCAGACUCUUCUCAGGGAAGAGAUUUAAUUCUGAGGGAGGGAAGUGAUUCUGGCGGGAAGGAGACAGCUGCUCCAGAAUUGCCCCCUUUCCUGGACUUGCCAUGUCCCUGGUCUCCCCCACAGCCUCCCAGCUGCCUCUUGAGGCUUCCUUAUGAACAGUUCUCUUUGACUUGGACAUGGCCCUAUAGAGAGGAAGGGGCUUGGGAUAGGAAGUCCCUCAUGAAAGGCUGCCCUGGGGAUGACAAAAGGACAUACUACAAACAGGAGCCUGCGGCAGGUGCUAGUUAGGCUGGGCAGUGCAGGGAUGCAGGAAGCUCCACUGUCCUCAAGGAGCUCCCAAGCUCAGGAGGAUGUUAGUCCAGUGCCUGCUGCAGGGUUCAGACCUCAUGUGAGUGCACCCCCACCGCUGCCCUCCAGGCCCCAGCCUGUCCAGAUUGGGGUGCUGGGCCCUGGAUAUGUCCACCUUCUCGUGGGUGAUCACCUGCCUUUACCAGCCUUGCCGUGUUCCCCACUCUGUGCCUUGGCUCCAGCGUUCCUCUUCCCAGCAUGCCCUUCUCUGCCCUACCCAUUCCUCAAGGUUUAGCUUAGACACUGCCAUCUCCACAUGCUCUCCCCUCACUCAGAUGACAAUGUUGUUCUGAGCCCCAUUUGUCCCUCUGCUGUUCCCUCAGGGCACUGAGCACUUUUUGCCUUGUUUUUAGAAAUAUCUGGGUCCACACCCUGUCCCACCCACUUGCCUGUGAACUCUAAAGGUUAGGCCACAUCUGUAUCCCAGGUCCCAGCCCAGAGCUAGGGUGGGGGUAGUGGCCUCAGUGAGGAGAAAGGCCAGCUCCCAAAGGGCUUUAUUGGACUGUCCUGUGAAUGUAUCAGGGUUCCAAAGCCAGUGGGGCUGGGUCCCCACAGUUUGAGGGGGCUGUCCAGAUGCAGGGCCAGCUCAACCUCAACUAUCCCCUUCCACUCAGCCUCUCAAGCGGGGCCUUCACCAGCCUGUUGGGGUCACUGUCCAGCACUUUCCCAGGCUGAUUCUGUCAGGCCCCAGGUGCUGCUCUGGUGGGGUGGGUCGGGAAGGAAGUAGAGGGAGCCAGGAGAACUGGCUUCUCCGUGAAGACUUCAGACACAAAAGCGCUGGUCCCUCCCAUCCCCAGCACUGUCCUUUGCACUUCUGUUUGGUGGCCCCAAUGUGAGUCGCUGUACAAAAUGCUGCCUUUGUUAUUUUGUAGGAAAUGACUUUUCUGUGAACCAAGAACUUGUGAAAAUCUAAGUAACCAAAUAAAGUUCUAUAUUUUAAAAGAGGCA